GUACGAAGUUGACUUCUUGAAAGCUUGCUUGCCGCCGGUACAGCACCAGACAAUGGCGGCCGAUGAUAAUUCGCUGUGGAUAGAGAGUCUCGACAUCCCUAUCGAACGUAUCGAAGAGGACGACUCGUAUCGAUCUCGAUCUAUCGAGGAGCUGCCUUCGCGAAUAUGGCGUUCCCGACGACGACCGCCUUCUCCCCCGAAAGGUGUUGACGAGGAAGCCAAGCAAAUCAGAUUGGAUCUUGGAGUUUCACAAGAUCUCGCUUCUCCAAAGGGGCGAGACAACACUUUCGUCUCCACAAUGGGCACAACCAUCUUGGUGAUCUUUGUUGGCUUCGUGCUGUGGCAAAAACUCAACUCCCGUCGACAAUCAAAACUGGAAGAUGGCAUGGCACGCCAGCACACAGAAGACGCCAGAGCUCGACGCCUGGCAAGAGUCCCAGAGUCUUAUGGAAAAAGAAAGAAGACUAGUAAGAAGAACAAGAUUACACUGCCCCAACCUGACAAAUAUCUCCCGAAGGUGACGAUUGAUCCAGCUCUUCUGUGCAAGCCCGUGGCUUCAGACACCAAUAGCACUUCAAGCCAAGAAGGCACUGGAUCCGCAAUCGAUGGUCAACGAGAUUUUGCCUUGCAACUUGGUAUCAUGGCGUCAUUGAACCAAAAAGACGGGAGUGAUGAGUCCUCCUCCGAUGUCUUUGCGGCUCCAGGAUUUUACCACAUCCCCAACCUUCCCAAUGAAGAGUAUGCAAAGUUUUUGCUGAAGCGACUUGCAAAGGAUUUUCUUCCUAUCAUAAGGAGAAGGGGCUUCAAAAUAUUGGCCGUAUCCGAAAUGUGCUGCUGCAUAGAAAAGAUUCCCAGUACUGAGGGUGAAGAAAGCUGGGACUCGACAAGAAUUGGUGACGGAGACGUACAAGAUAUUGCUCUGGGAUACAACCGAUCCGUCACCGUCGUCAAGUUGGGCGAAGAGUAUCACGAAAUCUUCGUUCGCCUCCGAACCCGACACAACCAUGACAAAUUCCGCACCUACGGAGAAAUCGAUACUACCGUGGCUCACGAGCUUGCUCAUUGCGUCCACCCCAACCACAGUUUCGCCUUUUACCAGCUCAUGGCAGAAAUUCAGCAUGAGCACUACAAGGUUGUGGAUUCUAUGCAAGAAAGUGAAACCGCUUCAGAAGAAAGUGUCAUGGAAAGAUUUGGAUAUGACAUUUACAAAAGCUCGACAAACGGUGCAUAGACCAAAGAAGACAAAAUACGUUUUGUACGGUAUAUGUUUCACCAGCAAAGAGUACUGCGUUCACAGCUCCACAAAACUCAACAGCAAACCCAGUCCACGGUUGUCGUAGUUUGCUCAGCAAAUCCAGGCUCAGGGUUGACCCCGCAGACAACACGACCACGAGCAAGACUGCGCUCCAAUGCUUGUCUUGGCCCUGGGCCAAUCCACCUUCCCAAAGGGGAAAAAGUAGAGCAGCCUGUAUCAUAUUUGUCAUGAAUGGCUGAAGUUAGGAUAACCACAAGGCACUAGAUCUCUGGUAAACUCAUUUGCAUUUACUUGGUCUGGUGACCUGGAAAGUGGUCACAUAAGCCAGAAAUUCGUUUCCAUCCAUCGUUUUCGUCUCGACCGUUUUGUAAUCGCCG